GCUUGGCCCAUCUUGGUCCCUUCGCCGCUUCGCCGUCGAUUCGUCGCGUCCUGGCGCCAUGUGUGCCACGUGUGCCACGUCUGUGGGUCCGGUGGCGCGGCCCCUGAUGACGGAGCUGACGGAGCUGAAGCUGACGGAGCAAGGUGGGACAACGUCAGACCUGGCUUUGCUCAGCUGGGCCCGGGGUCGACGUCAAGGAAAUGGUGCCAUGGUCUUGGUGGCGCCAGGGCUUUACCUUGGCAACAAGCAAGCCGGAGCUGAUUACGCUCGGUUGCAACGAGCUGGUAUUGUGGCAGUCUGUGCAGUUGGCGCCAAGCCUGGAACUGCCCCUUGCGUUUAUCAUCAUGUCCGCGUGAAGGACGAUGGUGUCAGCUCCAUGCUGCCCUUCUUGGAUUCUGCAUGUGACUUCAUACAUCAGCAACGACAAAGAGGUGCGGUGCUGGUCCACUGCAAAGGCGGCAUCAACCGAUCUCCUUGUUUGGUGGUGGCAUAUCUUAUGAAGUACGAGCAGCUGGCAUUGGCUGAGGCAUUGGAGCUGUGCUCGUUGGCACGCCCUGUUGCAAGGUGUCCUUCCAAUUUCCAUAGCGACUUGAAGGCCUUCGAGCUCCACUUAGCCCAAACUGCUGCUGCCGAGCAAACUGCUGAAGCUGUGCAAGAAAUUCAAGGAGCUGCGCAGCAAGCUUAUGGAUCUUCUGGACCGACCGAAAGCUCGGAGGACACGGAUCCAACUGGAUUCUCUGGAUCCAACUGCAACAUGGGAACUUGCAAGAGCAUAGGCAAGAGCAUCGCAAGAGCAUCGGGAGGGCCCGGGGUAAGAAAUUCCGAAACGACGACGUAAUGACAUGGGUGCGCAAGCCUUGGAACGCCGGAAGAGAUGUUCAUGAGAUUCACAUGAAAUUCACAUGAGAUUCACCUAGAUCAUAGAUGAUUGUGAGAUGAUUAUGAGAUUCAUGAGAUCUGCUCCGCAACUUGGUCAUGGUGAUCAUGUACAGAGUGUACAGUCUAGGCCGAGGCAACACGCAUUGCAGCUAAGCCUUGGGAACGGUCCAUUUCUGUCCAUUUCCAGAUUUACAGCUGGGUUGGGCCAUGGCUUGAGAGCUCACCGACAUAGCACCAUUGCAAACCUGUCUCGUGUGUUCUAG